UAUUUGUACAGUACGAGUGGAUACAGACUUUCCCUUCCAUAUACAGAUAUAUUAUACGUAUUAAGAGCGUAUAAAAGGCAAUUACUCUGUUGUUAAUGCUGUAAUAUUUCGUUAGGACUUAGGAUACAAUAUUAGUUGUCAAUAAUGUCAGGUCUAACAAAGCCUAAACAGUACAACUGGAAAGAUACAAACUUAGCGCUGUUUGGUUCCGACACUGAGAAGGACAUCAAAAAGGCAUCUGCGGAAAUGGAACCUGCGUGGAAAAACGCGGGAACCAAACCUGGACUGCAGAUAUGGAGAAUUGUUAAAUUUAAAGUGACUCAUUGGCCUGUUCCCGAUUACGGCAAAUUCUUUGAUGGCGAUUCCUACAUCAUACUUAAUACGUACAAAGAGGAAGAUUCUGACCAGUUGUUAUACGACGUCCAUUUUUGGAUAGGCAAAAACAGCUCGCAGGACGAGUACGGGACGGCAGCAUAUAAAACUGUAGAACUUGACAUACUGCUGGAUGACAGGCCUAUCCAGCACAGAGAGGUACAGGGACACGAGUCUAAACUCUUCAAGUCAUACUUCAACACUGUCACAAUUUUGAGGGGCGGUGCCGAGAGUGGUUUCAAAAAGGUAGAAGCGACAAAAUAUGAGUCCAGACUUCUACAUUUCCAUGGUGACAGAAAACAUGUUGAAGUUACAGAAAUUGCGCGUUGUCUGGACAUGGUGGAUUCGUCUGAUGUGUAUAUCCUUGACCUUGGUCUCAAAAUCUACCAGUGGAAUGGACGGAAUAGUAACAAAGAUGAGAGGUUCAGGGCCGCAGGGUAUGUAAACGAAAUAAAACAUCAACGUGGAAAAUGCACGUCAGAGACGAUUGAUGAGGGGACAAAGUCAUGUGGUGCAUUUUACAACAGACUAGAUGAGGUUGCAGAAUCGAAUGGAAAUAAUAACGUGCAUUCCACUGAACCGUUGACAAAGAAAUUAUUCAGAUUGAGUGAUGAGACUGGACAGAUGACCUUCAAACUUGAAAAGGAAGGGAAAAUGACACAUAAUGAUCUUGACACAAAUGAUGUGUUUAUCCUGGACACGUGCAAUGAUGUAUUUGUGUGGAUCGGAAAUGACACUACAAAUAAUGAAAAGAAGAACGCUAUGGCAUAUGCACACAACUACCUAAUGAGAACACAGCAUCCAUUGAUUCCAAUCACGUGUGUUGGCGAGGGAAAACUUUCGCAAGAGUUUAACGUUGCGCUGACUGCAUAGUUCUGGAACAUACCUUUUUGAGCACAGGCACUUUAAAGCACUUUAAUUAUCUCCCCUGACAUUAUGUAUAUCAUAUAUCUGCCAUUUAAAACACCAUUUUCGUUUGAAUAAAAACACCACAAAUCAAAAUAACUAAUCCUCUCCCCCUCCCCAUUUUCCUGAAAUAUACGGGGUAUUAAAUACAUGUAUGUGACUGUUUAGAUCACGGUUAUUGAUUUGCAUAAAUACUGUUUAUAAUAAACAUAUAGUAGCUUAUUUUCGUCAAUGCUUGGACUUUAUGACCUGGCAGCAUGCAUAAAAUAACAUACAUAGCCAGACCAAGUGUCUUGUUUUCUUAUAUGAAUUUAACUGAGACAUGUUAUUGCCACGUGAGAAUUUUGAUAACCAGUAAGACUGAGAGAACUCUCUUUAGCUGUUUACAUGAAGCAGAAUACAAUAAUACAAUCUGGAUUAUCUAUAGUUGUUAAUGGGUAACACAAUACAAGACUAUGACAGUUGUUUAUGGAAAAGUAAUGCAAGGUUAUCUAUACUUGUUCAUGGAAAACGCAGUACGGGCAGUCUAUAUAGUUGUUUGCAAGAAACGCGAUACAGGACUGACAAUACUUGUUUGCAAGAAAAGCGACACAGGACUGACAAUACUUGUUUGCAAGAAACUCCACCAGAGGACUAUCUAUAGUUGUUUACAAAAAACACAAAGUUACUAUGAUACAAGACAAACUACAUUUGUCGACAUGAAACACAAAACUGGACUAUUUAUAGCCGUUUACAGUAAAUGCAAUACAGGGUUAUUAUUUUUGUUUACAGGAAUCACAAUACUGUACUAUUCAUAGUUGUUUACAAGGAACACAAUACCGGACUAUAUAUUAUUGUUUACAGGAAGCACAAUACUGUACUAUUUAUUGUUGCUUACAUGAAGCACAUAAUGCGAUACUGGUCUAUUUAUAGUUGUAAACACAAAACGCAAUACUGGUCUCUUUAUAGUUGUUUACAGGAAAUGCAAUACUGGACUCUUUAUAGUUGUUUAUAUAGGAAUCGCAAAACUGGAUUAUAAUUUAUCUUAAGGGUAAAUGCCACAGUUGCCUAUAUGUAUAUAGGGCAAAAAAUUUCCGACGGGCAGAAUUUCUUUAAACUUUGUGUACUGACUGAGAAUCAAGUUUGAAACGGAAAUAUGUAUAAAAAAGUCAUAGGUACCCAGGCUUGAUCUUGAAUUUACAAAUCGGAUUCAAUAGAAAUUAUACUGGAUUAUUAUAAUGGUUAAUAUUAGCAACAAAACAUGGCUCAAUUCAAUAGUCAUGACAGAAAAGGUACUACAAAUAUAUUGUAAUAAUAAUAAUAGUAAUUGUAAUAAUUGCAUUUUGUGGGUGUAGGUUCGAUAUCAUUUUCAAGCUUAGUGUUUUGUUGUAAGAAAAUACAAAACAUAACGUUAUGUUAUUUCAUAUACUCUUGCGAGAAAUAUAGGUAAAUGAAAUAAUAUGGAAGUCUUUUGCCUAUUGUUAGAUAUUUUUAACUAAGUAUAAACUAUUUUUAUAGUUCUAAGACACAGUUAAUGUACUGUAUAAGUAUGUUAUGAAAUAUGUUAUGACUGUAUCAAAUGCUAUGCUAAAAGAUGUGUUUUGGAACUGUUUAAUCUGACUUCAAGAAUCCGCUGACACAAACGGAGAAACCAUGGAUACCGCUGACACAAACGGAGAAACCAUGGACACCGUUGACACAAACGAAAAAACCAUGGAUACCGCUGACACAAACGAAGAAACCAUGGAUACUGCUGAUGAAGCAUUAUGGAUUAUAUUUUAUAUAAAAAUGAGUUUACUAGACUAAGUAUAAUACGACAAUAGUGAAAAAUAUAAUUCCAAAAGUAAGACAACAUGUUUUGGCCUAAUUUUUAGAGUUAGAAAAGAAAUUAAAAAAACUAUACUUUCUUUCUUCUAAUAAUGUGUGUAAUCGAUUGCAAUAUCAGACAGCUUUCUGGAAAAUAUAAUUAUUCUCUUAUAA